AUGUUGUCGCCGUCGUCUUCUCGCCGUCGCGGACGCCCUGCAAGGGGUUCUGCUAAUUCUACUCCGUCGAGAGCAGGCACGCAGCCCCAGGUCGUUAUCAACAGCCCCGCCCCGUCUCGUCUGCCCCAGAACGCUGCGCAAACUACGCCUCGCACAAGGAGGACAGGAGGAGACAAUGCAGUCCCUUCGUCUUCGCCGAUGUUCUUCCAGUCAUCACCAAUGGAUGGUGCGCGGGGUGCGGCGAACGGACCAGAUCGAAGUUCUCCCAUGCCAUCUUCACCAUUGGGGGACCGUGAAACUACUCCGCGACCUACCCGUCCACCAGUUGAAGACUCUUCCCCGAUCAGAUAUAUGCCAAGUUCUAGCCCCGGUCGUGCUAAUACCAGCCAACGUCGUCAAAAUGAUAUUCCAACGAGUAGCAGUGGCCUAUUCCUUCGUUCACCUAAUCCCAAUGAUAUCGGCACUAGGAGAGGUGAUAUUCAUUCGGACGCCUUCUCUACCACAGGUUCCAGACGCAGGACCCUCUUUGUCGAUGAAAGUGGCAUGCCAGUGCGCAAUGGCGAACCACAGUCGGAUGCGACAUUCUCUAACCUCAACCCUGAUACAUCCGAAGCAGAAGCCCUGGGGGGCAAUUCCACACGAAUAAUAUGGGGUACCAACAUCUCGAUCCAGGAUGCCAUGGCCUCGUUUAAAAACUUCCUAUAUAACUUUUCCCGGAAACAUCGUAUGGCGUGUGACGGUAUGUCCGAAGCAGAGAUUCACGCCAUGGGGCCUACUGCCGAAGAGAAAGAAUAUAUUAAAAUGCUGAAUGAUAUGCGACAGCUCGGUGUUACUGGGUUGAACCUUGAUAUUCGAAAUUUGAAGGCAUUCCCACCUACCAUUAAGCUUUGGCAUCAGGUCCAGGCGUAUCCGCAAGAAAUAAUCCCAAUCAUGGAUCAGUGUGCCAAAGAUGUAAUGAUUGGUCUAGCGGAGAAGGAGGUAGAUGCAGCCAGACAGAAUAACCAACGCAGACCGGGCCGAGCUACAAGAGACGCAAGCUCAGUUCCUGCAUUCCCCACUUCCGAGGCUGGAGGAGACGGCGAUGCCCCUGCGCAACAGGAUAUAUCCAGUAUUCUUGCGGACGUGGAAAGUAGGACAUACAAGGUUCUUCCGUUUGGCAUGGAUAAGUCCGUGAACAUGAGAGAUCUGGAUCCAGGAGAUAUGGACAAGCUUAUAAGCGUAAAGGGACUUGUCAUUCGGGCAACUCCCAUCAUUCCAGAUAUGAAAGAAGCAUUCUUCCGAUGUGAUGUAUGUUUCCACUGCGUGAAGGUUGAUAUUGACCGUGGAAAAAUUGCCGAACCGACACGCUGUCCACGUCAACUCUGUGACUCCCAGAACUCUAUGCAGCUAAUUCACAACCGCUGUACAUUUGCCGAUAAGCAAAUCAUCCGCCUCCAAGAGACCCCGGAUUCCAUCCCAGAAGGACAGACACCUCAUUCCGUAUCGCUUUGUGGAUAUGAUGAACUAGUCGACGUCUGCAGAGCCGGUGACAGGGUAGAAGUCACCGGUAUCUUCCGAGCUAACCCUGUUCGAGUCAACCCACGACAACGAAGCACGAAAGCGCUGUUCAAAACAUACGUCGAUGUUUUGCAUGUGCAGAAAAUCGACAAGAAGAAACUGGGCAUUGAUGCGUCAACCGUUGAACAGGAACUUGCGGAGCAAGUCUCGGGGGAAGUUGAUCAAGUGCGGAAAAUAUCGCUAGAGGAAGAAGAGAAGAUCAAAGCGACGGCUAGCCGGCCAGAUGUGUAUGAACUGUUGGCUAGAUCUCUAGCGCCUAGCAUCUACGAGAUGGAGGAUGUUAAGAAGGGAAUCCUACUCCAGCUUUUCGGUGGAACGAACAAGACGUUCGAAAAGGGUGGAAAUCCAAGGUAUCGAGGAGAUAUCAAUGUUUUGCUUUGCGGAGACCCGUCGACGUCUAAAUCGCAGCUCCUGAAGUAUGUGCACAAGAUCGCGCCACGAGGUAUAUAUACUAGCGGCAAGGGUUCUUCUGCAGUCGGUCUGACGGCCUACGUGACGCGAGACCCCGAAUCUAAGCAACUGGUGCUGGAGUCUGGUGCCCUUGUUCUUUCUGACGGAGGUGUUUGCUGCAUCGAUGAAUUCGACAAGAUGAACGACUCUACGCGGUCAGUGCUCCACGAGGUCAUGGAACAGCAGACAGUCUCCAUUGCAAAGGCUGGUAUUAUUACCACUCUGAAUGCGAGGACCAGCAUCCUCGCCUCUGCCAAUCCGAUUGGGAGUAAAUAUAACCCCAACCUAUCUGUACCGCAGAAUAUCGAUCUGCCUCCCACCCUCCUUUCACGAUUUGAUCUGGUGUACCUUGUGCUGGACCGUGUGGAUGAGCAGAAUGACCGUCGACUGGCGAAGCACAUGGUAGGGAUGUAUCUGGAGGAUGCGCCCGAGACUGGCUCUAGCGAAGAGAUCCUGCCAAUUGAGUUCCUUACCAGCUACAUUACCUACGCGAAGACGCGCCUGCAGCCUAAACUCACACCAGCGGCCGGCGCAGCACUUACAGAGGCAUAUGUUGCCAUGCGCAAGUUAGGCGACGACAUCCGCGCAGCCGAGCGCCGUAUCACCGCUACCACCCGUCAGCUGGAGUCCAUGAUCCGUCUCUCUGAAGCUCACGCGCGCAUGCGACUGUCUGAGGAAGUCACUGUCGAAGACGUCGAGGAGUCGGUCAGGCUGAUCCGAUCUGCCCUGAAACAGGCGGCCACCGAUGCGCGCACCGGUCUCAUCGACAUGAGCCUACUGACCGAGGGCACAACUGCGCGAGAGCGACGAAUGCGAGACGACAUGAAGAAGGCCAUCCUGGGGAUCGUCGACGAGCUUGGAGGGCGGUCUACGGGUGCUCGCUGGGCCGACGUGCUGAGGAAGCUGAACGAGGGCAACGUCCCCGUCGAGGGAGCCGAGUUUACGGAGGCCGUCAAGUCGCUGGAGACGGAGGGACUGGUCAACGUCGUUGGCGAGGGCGCCAGGAGGAGCAUCCGGCGCGUCCUGGGAGCCAUCUAG